AUAUGCAGAAGCAACAAGUACACUUGUUUUCUAUAUAUUCUUGUGUGAUCAUGAAUUCCUCCAUUUAUAUUCUUGUCUUUGUCCAGCUUUGGUUGUUGAGCUUACCAUGCAGAGAGAGUGUGUGCAUCCCAAGUGAGCGUGAGACACUUUUGAAGUUUAAGAAUAAUCUCAAUGAUCCUUCCAAUAGGCUUUGGUCUUGGAAUCUUAAUAAUACCAACUGUUGCCACUGGUAUGGAGUCCUCUGCCACAACCUUACUUCCCAUCUUCUCCAGCUUCACCUCCACACUUCUGAUUCUGCUUUCUAUCAUGAUGCCUACCAUUAUCGAUUCUACCAUAGAUUCGAUGAGGAAGCUUAUAGGAGAUGGAGCUUUGGUGGAGAGAUAAGUCCUUGUUUGGCUGAUUUAAAGCAUUUGAAUUACUUGGACUUGAGCGGCAAUUAUUUCCUUGGAGCAGGUAUGUCAAUUCCUUCUUUCCUUGGGACAAUGACCUCCUUGACUCACCUUAACCUCUCUGCUACUGGAUUCUAUGGGAAGAUUCCUCCUCAGAUUGGGAAUCUCUCAAAUUUGGUGUAUCUUGACCUGAGAUAUGUUGCCAACGGAACAGUACCCUCUCAGAUCGGGAAUCUCUCUAAGCUUCGAUAUCUUGACUUGAGCUACAAUGAUUUUGAAGGUAUGGCAAUUCCUUCUUUCCUUUGUGCAAUGACCUCCUUGACUCACCUCGACCUCUCUCAUACUGGAUUCAUGGGGAAGAUUCCAUCUCAGAUUGGGAAUCUCUCCAAUUUGCUCUACCUUGACCUUGGAUUUAAUAAUCUGUUAGCUGAAAAUGUAGAAUGGGUAUCAAGUAUGUGGAAGCUUGAAUAUCUUGAUUUGAGUUAUGCAAACCUAUCCAAAGCAUUUCAUUGGCUACACACUCUCCAAUCUCUUCCUUCUUUGACCCUCCUAUGUUUGUCAGACUGCACACUCCCUCACUAUAAUGAACCAUCCUUGCUCAACUUCUCAUCUCUGCAAACUCUCAUUCUUUACAAUACUAGUUAUUCCCCUGCCAUUUCUUUUGUCCCCAAGUGGAUAUUCAAAUUGAAGAAACUUGUUUCUCUUCAAUUACAUGGUAAUGAAAUCCAAGGUCCGAUUCCUUGUGGUAUUCGAAACCUCACACUUAUUCAAAAUCUUGACUUGUCUGGAAAUUCAUUCUCAUCUUCUAUACCUGAUUGCUUAUACGGUCUUCAUCGUCUCAAGUCUUUGGACCUAAGUUCCUGCGACUUGCAUGGGACUAUUUCUGAUGCCUUGGGAAAUUUGACUUCUCUUGUUGAACUUGAUUUAUCACAUAAUCAACUUGAAGGAAACAUUCCAACUUCUUUGGGAAAUUUGACUUCUCUUGUUGAACUUGAUUUAUCACGUAAUCAACUUGAAGGAAACAUUCCAACUUCUUUGGGAAAUUUGACUUCUCUUGUUGAACUUGAUUUAUCAGGUAAUCAACUUGAAGGAACCAUUCCAACUUCUUUGGGAAAUUUGACUUCUCUUGUUGAACUUGAUUUAUCAGGUAAUCAACUUGAAGGAACCAUUCCAACUUCUUUGGGAAAUUUGACUUCUCUUGUUGAACUUGAUUUAUCAGGUACUCAACUUGAAGGAAACAUUCCAACUUCUUUGGGUAAUUUGACUUCUCUUGUUGUACUUAAUUUGUCAUAUAGUCAACUUGAAGGAAACAUUCCAACUUCUUUGGGUAAUCUCUGCAACUUAAGGGUGAUAGGUUUAUCAUAUCUCAAACUCAACCAACAGGUUAAUGAACUUUUAGAAAUUCUUGCUCCUUGUAUUUCCCAUGGACUCACAAGACUUGCAGUUCAGAGUUCACGACUUUCAGGCAAUCUGACAGAUCAUAUUGGGGCAUUUAAAAAUAUUGUGCAGCUAGAUUUUUCCAACAACUUAAUUGGUGGUGCUCUUCCUAGAUCAUUUGGAAAACUUUCAUCAUUAAGAUAUCUCGAUCUCUCUAUGAAUAAAUUCAGUGGAAAUCCAUUUGAAAGUCUUCGAUCACUCUCUAAAUUGUUAUCUCUUCAUAUUGACGGCAAUCUUUUUCACGGAGUUGUCAAGGAAGAUGAUCUUGCAAAUCUUACAAGCUUGACGGAGUUUGUCGCAUCGGGGAACAAUUUAACUUUAAAAGUGGGUCCCAAUUGGAUUCCUAAUUUUCAACUUACCUAUUUGGAAGUGACAUCAUGGCAGUUAGGUCCCAGCUUUCCAUUGUGGAUUAAGUCAAAAAACCAACUUCAAUAUGUUGGACUAUCUAACACGGGGAUUUUCGGUUCUAUUCCCACACAGAUGUGGGAAGCACUUUCUCAGGUUUGGUAUUUAAACCUCUCUCGUAAUCAUAUCCAUGGUGAGAUUGGGACUACAUUAAAGAAUCCAAUAUCUAUCCCAACUAUUGAUCUAAGCUCAAAUCACUUGUGUGGUAAAUUACCCUAUCUUUCAAGUGAUGUGAUUCAGUUAGAUCUUUCAAGCAAUUCAUUCUCUGAAUCCAUGAAUGACUUUUUAUGUAACGAUCAGGAACAGCCAACGCAUUUAGAAUUUCUGAAUCUUGCAUCAAAUAAUUUGUCAGGAGAGAUACCUGAUUGCUGGAUGAAUUGGACAUCUCUUGUGGAUGUAAAUUUACAAAGCAACCAUUUUGUUGGGAACUUACCCCAAUCCAUGGGUUCCUUGGCAGACCUGCAGUCUUUACAAAUUCGUAACAACACACUCUCAGGAAUAUUUCCAUCCAGUUUGAAGAAGAAUAACCAAUUGAUAUCCUUGGACCUUGGGGAAAAUAAUCUUUCAGGAACUAUUCCAACAUGGGUUGGAGAAAACCUCUUAAAUGUGAAAAUCCUUCGCCUUCGAUCAAACAGUUUUGCCGGCCACAUUCCAAAUGAAAUAUGUCAGAUGAGUCUUCUUCAGGUUUUAGACCUUGCACAAAACAAUCUGUCUGGCAAUAUACCGAGCUGUUUCAGUAACUUGAGUGCCAUGACACUAAAGAACCAAAUUACAGAUCCUCGUAUCUAUUCUGAAGCACAAUAUGGUACGUCUUACUCUUCGAUGGAAAGUAUAGUUAGUGUGCUACUAUGGCUGAAAGGAAGAGGAGACGAGUACAGAAACAUUCUGGGUUUGGUAACAAGCAUUGAUCUGUCAAGUAACAAGUUAUUAGGGGAAAUACCAAGAGAAAUCACAUAUCUAAAUGGAUUGAAUUUUUUAAACAUGUCCCACAACCAAUUGAUUGGUCAUAUUCCACAAGGUAUAGGUAAUAUGAGAUCAUUACAGUCCAUUGAUUUUUCGAGGAAUCAACUUUUUGGUGAAAUCCCUCCAAGCAUUGCAAAUUUGAGCUUUCUGAGCAUGCUAGACUUGUCAUACAAUCAUUUGAAGGGAAAUAUUCCAACAGGAACUCAAUUGCAAACCUUUGAUGCCUCCAGCUUCAUCGGCAACAAUCUAUGUGGUCCACCACUGCCCAUAAACUGCAGCUCCAAUGGGAAAACCCAUAGUUAUGAAGGAAGUGAUGGGCAUGGAGUGAAUUGGUUUUUUGUCAGUAUGACAAUUGGAUUUAUUGUGGGAUUCUGGAUAGUGAUUGCUCCUUUGCUGAUUUGUAGAUCAUGGCGGUAUGCCUAUUUUCAUUUCCUUGAUCAUGUGUGGUUCAAACUUCAAUCUUUUCGCUCAGGUAGUAUCACUGUUUAGUGUUGCUUAGAAUACUCCGAAGUUUUAUCAUUGUAUUGGCAGCUUGAUCAAUUUGUAGUCAUUGCUAUCUUCUUUUUUUUUUUCAAAUUUGAGAGACUUAUUUAAACUCUGUUUUUGGAUGUAAAGAGGGAGAGUAGCUGAACGUAAAGAGGGGAAGGAUAGGAGGUGUGGGGAAAUGGAACUAAGGAUAACCAAGUAAUUUCAAAUGCUUUGGUAGUCUCAA